GAAGAAGAAGAAGAAGAAGAAGAAGUCCUGCCAAAACAGGCUCUUGUUCCUGAUUAUAUUAUCAAAUGUGAAACUGAAGUUGUGUCCGCCGGAGGUGGACAGCCGGCCCAAGGUCGCAGGAAUGUAAACUCCCGGUCCUUCAGUCUUGUCCGCAGAGAAAUGGAGGAAAUAAGGCCACUGUUGGACAACCAGAUCUGUGGUCAACCACCGGAGGACCCAGACCACCUGCCUCCAAACCUGAUGCCCAGACAUAAAGAACUAAUCCCGACACCAUGUGGACAGAUAAAGCCCUGGUCGGAGCUAUCAUGUCUGCUCAAGCUCUACUUCUGCUUCACCAUAGCGUCUCUGCUGGCGCUGCUCGGCCUCACCCUGUCCAGCAUCUACAAGCAGCGCAUGGACACGGACGUGUCUGACGAGGACAACUUCACCGUGUCUCUCAUCCAGUUGGUUGGAAUAUUGUUCUGCAUCUACUACAUCAGCCGGGGCGUGUUGCAGGAGAACAGACAGGAGCUGGUGGUGUUCGUGCUCACCGUGUUGGUGGUGAUGGUUCGAUCGAUGGUCAACUUCUCCGUGCAGGGGUCAAAGGGCAAGCAGGAGCUGCGGGCUCGUUUCGUGUGCAUCAUUUGUCUGGGGAUGAUCCACGUCGUCUGCACCACGCUGCUCCUCAACAGGCCCAACAUGAUGGCGUUCCGUGUGGGCGGGGCCUUGGAAAGACUCCAGGAGCAAUACUUUCUGCUGAACCUCUGUUUCUCCAUGGUGACCUUUGACCUGCAGGCUCAGUUGUGUCUGUGUAUCCUGAUCACGACGUCGGCCUGGCCAAUGUCUACUACCAACAUCAUCAUCCUGGUUGUGGGGGUGGUGUGGGCCUGCCUGACCGCCGCUGUCGGAGCUGUGGCGGUCUUAAAGGAAGCCAAGGUCAUAGUUUGGGUCUUCAUGGUGCAGAACCUUCCUCAAGUAGCCUUCUUUGUUUAUCUGACGUACACGGUGGUAAUGAAAUGGUUCGAGGACAGCACGUACAUCCUGGAGGCAGCCGCCGUCACCGGAGCUUUGAUUUCACUGCUGAUUAAAGCUGUUUUAUUCUGGGGCCUCGUCAGACUGCACAGCUUUGACCAGAGGGAGAGGAUGCAAAUUUGCACCUAGCGAGUGAUAAAACAUCCGGCGGUUGUGGACAAGGACACAGCUGCAUGCUGAGAGCCCAACAUUAAGCAGCUGCAGCACCGUGGCUGGCUGCGGAGCUGUUAUUCACCACCAUGUGCUGUUUACUGUACAGAUUUUAUUAACACUUCUUUGUCAGUGUGCCAAAAUGACCACCACCACUCCAUCACAUGCCGCCGUAGACUGGAUUCAUAAUGGUUUUAAUUCUCACUGUUCCAUGCACUGUUAUAUCGGCUGGUGUUUGUAGGCUCCACAUGUAGACACCAAAGAUUUUCUGACAUCCUCCAUUUAAAAAGGAGCUUCUAUCUUACGAAGUCUUUUUUGUUUCCUUUCUGUAAAUUACAGUGAAAGUUGGCUGGAUUUGUUUUGUUUUUUUUUUAAUCAUAGUUGUCUAACUUAAAUCUUGUGAUCUCCUUUUUCUAGACUACAUCUUUGAGUAACACUGGAAUAUUUUUUAACUUGACUUUCUGCUGCACCUUAAUCCACUUGAUCAAGUGUUUUUUCAUUCAAGGUUCUUAAUAAAUUAUCAAAGCAAAGUUGAUUGUUUUGA